CCACGCUGUGCCUUUCCACCGACGCCAGAAGCUCUCCAAGUGAUGCUUCACUUUUGCGCAACAGGUUCAGCGAGGUAAAUUUAAGAAGGUAUUAACUCAAUGUAGGAAGAAGAAGCAUGCUGUCCCCGUUUUGGCCCUUUGGCACCGCGCAGGAGAUCAACUCAUGGGAUGUAGUGGAUGCAGAGUCAGGUUCAACUUCGCCAAGGCGCUGUCCAAAGUCUCGGUGUUUUUUACCAUGGUCCUGAUCUUCACCUACUUCUUCUACUGCCUCACCGGACUCUGCGAUUCGGCUCCGAGAGCUCUGUACAGCCAACAAGCUUCAGACUAUGACAUUCUGGACGAUCAUCGCCGCUUUUUGGACGACCUGCGACCAUCGCCGCGUCUCCUCCCGGACAGAAACCGCACAGCCUCCGCGGACGCAGAGCAGGUGGACGCGCCGGGACAGCCGCCCCAACACGUGUCGGACAGCGCGAAGGACAGCGGCCAGGGCAACGGCAUCCCCGUGUCCAACACGUUCGGGACCAAGAGGUUUCCGCAGGCGAUUAUAAUCGGCGUGAAGAAAGGAGGAACCCGCGCCCUGCUGGAGUUUCUCCGCAUCCAUCCGGACGUGAGGGCGGUCGGCGCGGAGCCUCACUUCUUCGACAGGUUUUAUGAUAAGGGGCUGGAGUGGUACAGGAACCUGAUGCCUCGGACACUGGAUGGCCAGAUCACCAUGGAGAAGACACCCAGCUACUUCGUCACAAAGGAGGCUCCCGGCCGUGUCUGCACCAUGAACUGCCAUACCAAGCUCAUUGUGGUGGUCAGGGAUCCUGUGACGCGGGCUGUAUCUGACUACACCCAGACACUGUCCAAGAACCCCGGCCUUCCAUCCUUCCAGAGCCUGGCUUUGAAAAACUCCUCCACAGGUCUGAUUGACACCACAUGGAGCGCCGUGCGCAUUGGCCUCUACGCGAAACAUCUGGAGAACUGGCUUCAGCACUUCCCCUUGUCUCAUUUUCUGUUUGUUAGCGGUGAGCGGCUGGUGUCUGAUCCGGCUGGGGAGAUGGGCCGGGUUCAGGACUUUCUGGGUCUGAAAAGGGUUGUUUCAGACAAACACUUCUACUUCAACCAGACCAAAGGUUUCCCCUGCUUGAAGAAGCCAGAGGGGAGCAGCAGGCCUCGCUGCCUCGGAAAGUCUAAGGGCAGACCCCAUCCUCAGAUCCCCUCGGAAGUCCUGCGGAGACUCAGAGACUUCUACAAGCCCUUCAACCACCGUUUCUACCAGAUGAGUGGACAAGACUUUGGCUGGGACUAGCAGAGGAGAUUCCUAUCCCAGAUAAAAGCCAAUCUCUUCUGGAGACUUAUUGCUCCACAGGGCUAACAUUCUCAGGGACAGGGUCGAGGAAUACGGGGUCCACAAACUGAAUGCCUCAGUGGAAUCAACAUGACAUGCAGCACAUGAACUGUCACCGUUUUUCUGCAGAGUAAAAGCCAACAUGGACAAAGUGCUGCCAAUAUAUAAGUUACACACAUAGUUAAUGGCUUAGUUAUUAAACCAUUUUCUUGCUUGUAUGUUAAUGUUAUUGUCGUACAGAAGUUAGAAGAAACCUACAAACCAAAGGGAACGCAAACAUUGCCUUUGAAUAUAAUUUUUGACUUUCUUUAUGUUUUGUUUAUAAAAUAAGCUGAUAUUUAUAGUUUCUGUUGAUUUGAAAUACAACAGUUGAAGAUUUCUUUUAUGAAAGAAAUGUAUUUAUUACAUGACAAGGCAAGACAUAAAAGUGACUACGUUUUCAUUGACAGGACAUUGGAAAAAGUGUCAUACUUCAUGAUGAACCACUAUUUCUUUUUAAUUACUAGCAGUGUUAUCUUGGCUGCAUUUACAUUUUUGUUACAUUUAUUGUUUCUAAAUGGUCUUUAAAAUGCUACAUGUCUUAGCUUGAUGUUGCAGGAUACUUCUCAGUACAUUGCAGUUGAUAUACCACGGAUA